AUGGCCACUCUACAACUUCCUGGAGAUAUCCAAGCAUCGCUUCGUCGACUCCUCGAUAACACGACCUCGUCCACCAAAGACCCGGUUGCGGGACUCGUAUACUGCGCAGUCAAUCGCGAUGGCGAUCUAAUAUUUAACCACGCGUCGGGCUCGCGGAGUUACUCGUCCCCAAGCAAGACCGAAAACAAUCCUAUGACACUCGACACUAUAUUCUGGAUGGCUUCCUGCACGAAAAUGAUCACAGGAAUUGCAUGCAUGCAGCUUGUUGAACAAGGAAAAUUGGCACUGGAUGAUGUGGAAAUGGUGGGGCGUAUUGCACCAGAAUUGAAAGCGGUUAAAGUGCUGGAAGGGGAUUUGCAGACUGGAUUUCGGCUCAUUGAGAAACAGCGAGGGAUUACCUUAAGGAUGUUAUUGACUCAUACUGCCGGCUUCGGAUAUCCCUUCAACAAUGCGCGUCUACGAGAUUAUACCCAGAACUCGAACUGUAUCGAAUUCGGUGGCGACAGGAAGGGCCUUGUCAGUCUACCUCUUGUCAACCAACCAGGAGUUAAAUAUGAAUAUGGAAUUAAUAUCGACUGGGCUGGGAUCCUCGUCGAGCGUGUCAGCAAUGCCUCUCUCGACGAAUACUUUCAAAAAUACAUAUUCCAGCCACUGGGCAUCAGGGACAUUGGUUUCUUUCCCAACGAGGAAAUGAAGACCCGACUGGUGUCUAUGCAUCGCCGAGAGCCGGAUGGCUCGUUGCAUGUGGUUGGCCAUGUGUAUCAAUUCCCGCUUUCGGAGAGGAAAAAUCCCGAAAUGCCUGAGGACAGGUUUUGUUCCGGUGGAGGAGGAUGUUUUGGGACGAUGGUCGACUAUUGCAAAAUUAUUGCGGCCCUCUUGAACAAUGGCAUUUACGCCAAAACGAAUACUCCAAUCCUCAAACCGGACACUGUUGACGAGAUGUACAAAGAUCAUAUUCCCCAUUGCCCCCGACGUCCCAACUUGCCAUCCCAGACCAUCAGUCCUCUCAUCACCAAAAGCAACCCCUUACGGCCUCUCGCAAACCCUGUAGAGGACGAAAAGAAAACGGAAGGGUACGGGCUUACAUUUGCACUCAGCCACCAGGCCAAAAAUACGGGUAGAAAGUCUGGAAGUGCUUCAUGGUCUGGGCUUCCAAAUCUCUAUUGGUUUGCAGAUCGAGAGACUGGGGUCGGGGCUAUCAUUGGAAGUCAGAUUAUGCCACACGGCGACACUCCGGUGCUGGAUGUUAAUGACGAGGUGGAGAAGUUGUUGUAUAUGGGUUUGAAAAGAACUUGA